AUGAAAUCUUUACAAGUGUUCUGUCUGGGAUCUAUCUUGUUAUCCAUAAUGCUUUAUCAGCAGGCCUGGGCUCAGUUCCCACGAGAGUGUGCCAACGUUGAGGCUUUGAGAAGUGGAGUGUGUUGUCCAGACCUGUCCCCCUCCUCUGGGCCUGGGACUGACCGCUGUGGCUCUUCCUCUGGGAGGGGAACAUGUGAAACUGUGACUGCAGACACCAGACCUCACAGCCACCACUACCCCCAUGAUGGUAGAGAUGACCGAGAGGGGUGGCCUCUGCGAUUCUUCAACAGAACAUGCCAUUGCAAUGGCAAUUUCUCAGGACAUAACUGUGGGACUUGCCGUCCUGGGUGGAGAGGAGCUGCUUGCAACCAGAAAGUUCUCACAGUCAGGAGGAAUCUUCUCAACUUAAGUGCAGAGGAAAAGAAGCACUUUGUCCGUGCCCUGGAUAUGGCAAAGCACACAACUCACCCUCAAUUUGUCAUUGCCACCAGGAGAUCUGAAGAACUACUGGGACCAGAUGGCAAUACUCCACAAUUUGAGAACAUUUCCAUAUAUAACUACUUUGUUUGGACACACUAUUAUUCAGUCAAAAAAACUUUCCUGGGGGCAGGCCAAGAGAGCUUUGGAGAAGUAGAUUUCUCUCAUGAAGGACCUGCUUUCCUGACAUGGCACAGGUACCACCUGCUACAGCUGGAGAGAGACAUUCAGGAAAUGUUGCAGGAGCCUUCUUUCUCCCUGCCCUACUGGAAUUUCGCCACUGGCAGAAACACCUGUGAUGUCUGCACAGAUGACUUGAUGGGAUCUAGGAGCAACUUUGAUCCCACUCUUCUCAGCCCCAACUCUGUGUUUUCUCAAUGGAGAGUGCUCUGUGAAUCCUUGGAAGACUAUGAUACGUUUGGAACCCUCUGUAAUAGCACUGAAGGUGGGCCAAUCCGAAGAAAUCCAGCUGGAAAUGUGGGCCGACCCAUGGUGCAGCGGCUUCCUGAACCGCAGGAUGUUGCCCAGUGCUUGGAAGUUGGUGUAUUUGACACACCUCCUUUUUAUUCCAAUUCUACAAACAGUUUCCGAAACACAGUAGAAGGUUACAGUGAUCCCACAGGGAAAUAUGACCCUGCAGUUCGAAGUCUUCACAAUUUGGCCCACCUAUUCCUGAAUGGAACAGGAGGACAAACUCAUUUGUCUCCAAAUGAUCCUAUUUUUGUCCUCCUACAUGCUUUCACGGAUGCAGUCUUUGAUGAAUGGCUAAGGAGAUACAAUGCUGACAUAUCUACCUUCCCAUUGGAAAAUGCCCCGAUUGGACAUAAUAGACAAUAUAAUAUGGUACCAUUCUGGCCUCCAGUUACCAACACAGAAAUGUUUGUUACUGCUCCAGACAAUCUGGGAUAUGCUUAUGAUGUCCAAUGGCCAGGUCAGGAGUUUACUCUAUCUGAGAUCAUUACCAUUGCAGUAGUUGCUGCCUUAGUACUUGUAGCUGUCCUUUUUGUGGGUGCUUCUUGUCUGAUCCGAGCCAGAAGCAUCAGGAAUGAAGCCAGUCAGCCUCUGCUCACAGACCACUACCAGCGCUAUGCUGAAGAGUACGAAGAACUCCGGAAUCCUGAUCAGUCGGUGGUCUAACAGCAUGCCACC